AAAACAAGUUGCGACAACUAGUCCUCUUACACCAUUGUCUGUAACGUAAACAAGUCAUCCAACACUGACUACUAAUCUUGUAACUCCCAGCCUUAAAAUUGGACCAAACCCCACUCCACCUCUUUGUCUCUCUCCCUCUCUCUCUCUCUCUCCCUCUCCCUCUCUCUCUCUCUCUUGUCUGCAAGAAAAUUUAGAGAAAUCUUUUGUGUUCUUGGCUGGUUGUGGGGAUUGGCUUUGGGAUUUUUGUGGGUUUUGGAUGAAUUUAAAAACCCUGAAAGGGCAAGAAAACAACCCUUUUGCUAUUGAUUGGUAGAAAUUUUUGUCUGGACAAAUGUUUCAAGAAGAUGGAUCAUCCUCUGUAACUUCGUCUCCCCUCCCAAUGUUUCCCAUGAUGACUCUAUCACCUGGUACCAUGUCCCCAUAUCCAUGGCUCAAGGAGCUAAAGCCUGAAGAGAGGGGAUUGUACUUGAUCCAUCUCUUAGUCAAUUGUGCAAACCAUGUAGCAUCAGGGAGUCUUGAAAAUGCAAACAUAGCCCUUGAUCAGAUCUCCCACCUCGCCUCGCCCCAAGGCGAUACUAUGCAGCGUAUCGCCUCGUAUUUCUCCGAGGCUCUUGCUGACAGGGUUCUUAGAGCCUGGCCUGGUGUGUAUAAGGCCUUUCAUUCUACCAGAAUCCCUGUUGUUGCUGAAGAAAUCCUUGCCAAGAAGAUGUUUUUCGAGUUUUGCCCCUUUAUGAAGGUGGCUUUUGUGAUUAGUAAUCAAGCCAUUGUCGAGUCGAUGGAAGGAGAGAAGAUGGUUCAUGUUAUCGACUUAAAUGCGACUGAGCCGGCACAAUGGUGUGCACUCAUCCGCGACUUGAGUGCUCGGCCCGAAGGUCCGCCUCAUUUGAGAAUUACGGGUGUUCAUCAACGGAAGGAGGUGUUGGAGCAAAUGGCUCACAUAUUGACUGAAGAAGCAGAAAACUUGGACUUGCCAUUUCAGUUCAACCCUGUUGUGAGCAAGUUAGAGAAUCUUGAUAUUGAAAAGUUGCGGGUUAAGACAGGGGAGGCUCUAGCUAUUAGCUCGAUUAUGCAGCUGCAUACUCUUUUAGCUUCGGAAGACGAUCUACGGAAGAAGUCUCCAUCGACGCCUAUGAACAACGGCAUUGGUGUUAACUUGCAAAGGGUUGCACAUAUGAAUCAAAGUACCUUAAGGGAAUUGCUUGAGAAGGAUACAGUUAACGGUUAUAGUCCGAGCACCGACUCAGCUUCAUCGUCACCGAUGUCGUCGAUUCACUCACCAAACAUCGAUAGCUUUCUUAAUGCGUUAUGGGGUUUGUCUCCCAAGGUUAUGGUGGUGACGGAACAAGACUCCGACCACAAUGCCAAGAACUUGAUGGAGAGGUUGUCGGAGUCGUUGUACUUCUAUGCUGCAUUAUUUGAUUGUUUGGAGUCGGCUUUGCCUAGAGGGUCUUUAGAGAGGUUGAAGAUGGAGAAGAUGAUACUAGGGGAGGAGAUCAAGAACAUCAUCGCUUGUGAAGGAGUGGAGAGGAGAGAACGGCAUGAGAAGCUCGAGAAGUGGAUCCAAAGACUAGAGUUGGCCGGUUUCGCAAAUGUUCCGCUGAGCUACUACGCCAUGUUGCAGGCGAAACGAUUGCUGCAGAGCUAUAACUGUGACGGCUAUAGGAUCAAAGAGGAGAAUGGGUGUGUGGUGAUUUGCUGGCAAGAUCGACCCCUUUACGCAGUGUCGGCUUGGAAAUUUAGGAGGUGAAAUCUCGGCUGUUUCAUCUUCUUGAUUUGUUAGUUUGUAGAGGAAACCUUGAUCUUCUGAGGUGUAGAGAUUGAUAGCGAUUCAGUGUUUGAGUUCUAAGCUCUUUUGUAGAAUUAUGUUGAAUCUUUGUUAAGUUUAAUGUUUGUAAAUGUAGCUCAAUUCAACAGUUCAUGUCUUGGCAUCUCUCUGUCUUUCCUAUGUAGUUAGACUUUGUUGGUCGUUUCACAUGUAAGAAGUUUUGGGUUUCUC